UUAAACAUGUUAAACAUCAGUGUGUAAGAUGUAAAAUAACUGUUGGAAUAACGAAAUUUGUUGUUGAUUUUAUUAAAUUUUGUUAAUAAAUCAUGUCAGAGGACGAUAGCGUAAUAUUUUUGAGAGGAAACGGUGACGAACCUUGUGACGAUGUUUGGGACGAUACAGCUCUUAUAACUGCCUAUGAUAAGGCGAUUGGUAUAGCAAAAAAAGAAGCAUCAAAGAGGAUGGGUGUUGAGUUCAAGGGUACAGGUGCUGUUCCAAAGAAAACAUUAUCUCACAAGCAAACCCGUCAGUCUCAAGCACCAAGGAAAUGGUGUAUUGGUUCUCCCUGUAGAGCAGUAUACUCAGAGGAUGGUGAAAUCUAUGAAGCAGUUGUUACAAAAAUUUUUGAAAACACAGGAACGUGUAUUGUUACGUUUAUAGGAUACAACAAUAAAGAGAAGGUAGAAAUUUCUUCAUUACUUGAAUCAGAAGGCUUACAAAGUCAAAUAGCUCAGAAAAAAGAUGCAGCAGCUGUUGAACAAAGUACCAGUUCAAUGGAAUUUGAGUCCCAAAAAGUCAAUGGUUUUCAAGAUCAUCAAAUGGAUUAUGAGGUUAGCAGAGAUAAAUCGUUGAAAAAUAUGUGUGCACCUGGACUAUCAUUUAAUCCCGACAUUGGUGCGAUUCCCCCAGCUCCCCCACUGCCACCGCAACUAAUGGCUAGAUUACCAGAAAAUGAUGCUGAUGCUCUCUCUAGUAUGUUAAUGUCGUGGUAUAUUAGUGGAUUUCAUACAGGCUAUUAUCACGGAUUAAAACAGGCUCGAAGUGAACAGGAGAAAAGAAAAAAAUGA